AUGCCUUUACUUCCUUGCUUUGGUGCUGGGAAGUCUACCACUGAAGCGGCCACGGUUGAGUCCAUGGAGGAAACUGUUCCUGCUGAUGCUUCUAAGGUCGAGAAAAGCCAGGUUGUCGACUGGAAGUUGAAGGCCAUGUUCUGUGUUAUUGGUUGUGUUGCCCUCCUUGGUUGGAACUUCAUCCUGGGCGAGCUCGGUACCCUUAUUGAUGCCUUUGGGGAUGCUUAUGGAACUUGGUGCUCUCUGUGCUACUCCCUCUGCAUUAACGCUGGUCAGUUGAUGCUUGUUUGGAUCGGCAAUCGAUUCAGGUUUGGUCCCCGCUUCUACACUGGUUGUGUCACGAUGGGUAUUAGUAUGAUGCUCAUCGCUGUGUGUGCCAUCACCUUCGCCAGGGACAACCAAGCUGCGGGCUUUGGUGCUGGUUGUGUUCUCAUCGGAAUCUUUGGCUUUGCCAACUCCCUUAUGGAGUCCUCGAUGUUCGGCCUGGCCGCUCUCGUUGAUCCGGUCUGUACUGAGUUUAUCCUCAUCGGUGAAGGUCUUUCUGGUCUCAUCGCCUGGCCAUUGGAUAUGCUCUGUCAGGCAAUCCUGCAGGGAUUUGGUGUCACCAACUACACUUAUCCACGAAUGGUGUUGUUCUAUGGUAUUGGUAUGCUAGCCAACUUCGCCACUAUCCCUAUGUACAAGUAUGCUAUGCAAAAGCAUCCUCUCAUGCGUGUUGUCCUCGAACUUGAAGAAGGUCGUCAAAAGUUCGUACUCAAAAGAGAGAUGAAGCGCCCUCUUGGUCAAGUCGUUUGGGAUACGGUCCCUCAAGCCUUCAAUGUUUGGCUCAGCUUCACCAUUACAUUCACUGUUUUCCCCUGGCUCGUAUUCGAGAUGAAGCCCUCCAAUUUAUCUGUCGGUUUGUUCGGUCAGCUCAUGACGUAUUGUUACCAGGUCUUCGACACUAUCGGUCGUUCCUCGCCUAGUUAUCAUCUCCGUUUGAGCAAGAGAGGCACACGUUUUGCUUCCUUCGGGCGUUUGAUUUUCAUCGCCUUGUUUUUCCUAUGUGCUGAGGUUAACACUAACCCAUUGAAUCAAGACUGGUUCCGCUUUGUUGUUAUGGCGUUCUUUGCUGGUUCCAAUGGUGUUGUUGCUUCUUGGUGUAUGAUACAUGGACCGACUCAAGUAGAUCAAGAUGAGCAAGAGGAGUUGGAGAUUGCUGGUUAUGUGAUGGCCUUUGGGCUUAUCUGUGGUAUCCUCAGCGGUUCAGUGAUCGCUACCAUUAUCCAACAAACUGCCUUUAUGUAA